GUGAAGCGAGAUGUCCAGGAAAAUGAUGAGGAAGCGGUGCAAGUCAAAGAGCAGAGCAUCCUGGAGCUGGGGUCGCUUUUGGCCAAGACCGGGCAGGCAGAAGAGCUGGGAGGGCUCCUGAAGUACGUCCGACCCUUCCUGAACUCCAUCAGCAAAGCAAAGGCAGCCCGUUUAGUCCGGUCCCUGCUCGAUCUCUUCCUCGACAUGGAGGCUGCAACAGGACAGGAGGUUGACCUGUGUUUAGAGUGUAUUGAAUGGGCCAAAUCAGAGAAGAGGACUUUCCUACGCCAGGCUCUGGAGGCCAGGCUGGUCUCUUUGUACUUCGACACCAAGAGGUACCAGGAAGCGCUGCAGCUGGGCUCCCAGCUCCUUCGGGAAUUGAAAAAGAUGGACGACAAGGCGUUGCUGGUGGAAGUGCAGCUGUUAGAAAGUAAGACUUACCAUGCCCUGAGCAACCUGCCAAAAGCAAGAGCAGCCUUAACCUCAGCGCGGACUACGGCCAACGCCAUCUACUGCCCUCCCAAGCUGCAGGCGGCGUUAGACAUGCAGUCAGGUAUUAUUCAUGCAGCAGAAGAGAAGGACUGGAAAACAGCCUAUUCAUAUUUUUACGAGGCGUUUGAGGGAUAUGAUUCAAUUGACAACCCAAAAGCCAUCACUGCGCUGAAAUACAUGUUGCUGUGCAAAAUCAUGCUGAACAUCCCAGAAGAUGUGCAAGCGUUAGUGAGUGGGAAGCUUGCUCUGCGGUAUGCAGGAAGACAGACAGAAGCACUAAAAUGUGUGGCACAGGCCAGUAAGAACCGGUCGUUGGCAGAUUUUGAGAAGGCUCUGACAGACUACAAGGUGGAGCUCAGGGACGACCCCAUCAUAAACACUCACCUGGCUAAGCUCUACGAUAACUUAUUGGAACAGAAUCUGAUCAGAGUCAUCGAACCCUUCUCCAGAGUACAGAUUGAACACAUAUCCAGCCUCAUCAAGCUCUCAAAGGCUGAGGUAGAAAGGAAACUGUCACAGAUGAUCUUGGACAAGAAAUUUCACGGCAUCCUUGACCAAGGCGAGGGAGUCCUCAUCAUCUUCGACGAACCCCCCGUAGACAAAACCUAUGAAGCUGCCCUCGAGACUAUUCAGAACAUGAGCAAAGUAGUGGAUUCGCUCUACAACAAAGCCAAGAAGCUGACAUAGAGUUGAAUUUGCUAAGCUGUCAUUUGGAGAGUGUGUGUGACAGGAGAGUGAAACCUUUGGGAAAAUGUUAGGAGACUUUUUUUUUUUUUCCUUUUUUUUUUUUUUUUUGGUUUUUUUUUUCUUCUUCUUUGUUCUACUUUUCGCUCGGAAAGUUUUUAAACUUCCUCAUCCGGUGCAUCUUGUAAUUCCAUACGAUGCGUGUUCCAGUUUCCAUGUAAUCUUUACUGGCCGAACUUUGUAUCUGGGGGGGGAAUAUUGUUUAAACAAAGAGGGUAUUCUAAAUAAAAGGAAAAAGGCUUACACUA